AUGGUAUCCCUGCCUCUGUCCUUCAAUCUUUCAUCUGAGAUGAAUCAGCGGCUUCAGAUCAGUAACAAGCUGUUCUCAUAUGGAGAGCAGGCCCUGGCCAAGGCCGUGAAGAACCGGCCAAAAAACACCAAUAAGCAGUAUCUGCCCAAGCAGAAGAAGUGGCAGAUAAGCUUUGAGGAUGGAGAGUUGGUGACAGAGAAGAAGGAAACAUCCGUACGGACAGGGAUGGCAAAGCUGUUCCUCAGACUGUGGGCUGAAGCACAGUCAAGCUACUGGUAUAAGAAUGAUCAGACAUCUGUGCUGAGCCACUUUCAUACAGAGUUGAACUUCCUCAUGAACCACAACAUGCUUCUGCAAGGGGAGACAUCCCGUACGGCACAGCUGCCUGAUCUUUUUACCAUCCAGCUUCCAAAUGAGGGCCCCACCCCAUGCUGGCCCAUGAUUCUCAUCACAGACAAUGAUAAGACCAAUCAGCUGGGGUGGCUGGAAUAUACUGCUGUGGAUCCUCUCAAGCCUCUGUCGUACGACACCCAGCUGCAGUGGGUCAAUCGUAUGUAUGCAACAACUGGGCUCAUGUCAAGUAAAAAGACUCAUCUUGGCCGGAGUCAGGGGUCCAGAUAUGCUGAGCUGAAUGGAGUGUCAGAGGGCCAGAUCCACUGGGCUGGCCGAUGGAACAAUGAUGCUCUGAUCAACUGCUAUCUCACCAAUAUCCCCUGCGAAUUCGUACAGGCGAUGGCAGGGUUUGAGCCACAGGCUCAGAGCAACUACUUCCUUCCCCGGGUGACUGUCCCCCCCUCUGAGCAGCUGGAGACAGCCAUCUGGCCAUGGGUGGAUGUCUGA